AAGGAUUUUGUGCACCAAGAGUGUAGGUGAAGUUUCCCAGCAGACCCUGAACGCAGCAGCAGUCACCACCGGAGCAGAUUCCCCAGACAGCCGCCCGUCACCUCAUCAGAAACAAGACCAAAUUAAAAGCAACAAUGGAUGUGUCUCAUGAAAUCACACUGCUGGUGCAGGAGAUUCAGCGACUCGGCAGUAAAAGUGCCGAUGGUCAGACCAAAGUGAAGUUCGGCAUCUUAUUUAAUGACGAACACUGUGCCAACAUAUUCGAGGCGCUGGUGGGCACCCUGAGGGCAGCCAAGAGAAGAAAGCUGAUCAACUUCGAGGGGGAAUUGCUCCUGCAGGGCGUCCACGACAACGUCGACAUCGUGCUGCUCCAGGAAUGAGGCCAAAGUUUGUACCGGACGGUCUUCUAGCGACUCACCGCCUCCUCUGUGAUACCGAUCUGCUGCCGUUUGCCGGCUCGUCACCGAGCUUCUGUUUUCAGUUAUCUUCCUUAAUGUGCAGGGCUUAGUGUUUGAAUUUAAACAUAUUGACUAAACAAAUUCGUUCAGACAGUACGUAGGACCCGGCUGGCUUGUCUACAUAUGAUUUCAUUUGAUUGCCCUUUGCCAAACGGUCUCACCAAUUUUUUUUUUUUUUUUUUUUUUUUUUUAUAGAGUAUUUGGGGUUUUCAAGGACUAAAAAACUGCCACAUUCCUGGUUUCAGAUGACAAGGAAUGUUGUGUUUCUCCUUUUUCGGGCACUGCUGUUAUCGACCUCGGGUCUGAAAUGUAACUUUGACUUUUAAGACCAUAAACGCACAAAUCAGGAAUGUAAUCUCUGUCAAAUAUUUAUAUCUUUUUCUGGGGGGUUUAAUGCCUCCUGAUUGUGUCAGGGUGAAGGACAAACAGAACAAGAUACUUUGACAGAUUUCAAAGUAUCUCAUCGCUUUUUUUAAUUUGCGCACUCUGAUCUUAACAUAUUGUUUGUACAAAUGUUUCCUACGAAAGAUUUUUUUUUUUUGUGUCUUAACAGCCUCAAGUGGCCAUUUGAGUUGAGAUAAAAUUAACUACAAAUCAUCAUAUCAUUUGGGUUUCAGUUAAUUUAGUGCUUUAGUUCUAUCGGCUUUAAGACCACGCCAAGUAAGUUUCCACCCUCAGUGUCACCAAAAGUCAUUUCCAUUUAUUGUUUACACGAGACAUUUCAACUACCUCUUGUGGACAUUCUAAAAAAUACCUUAUUAGACCAGUGCUUUUGGAAAUACAAUUUCUUCAUAGAAAUGACAAAGAAAAGUGCGUUUCAAGAAAGACUUUUCCACCUUUAUGUAUUUGAUGCAAUCUACUUGAGUAGUUUUUAUUCCAUCUUUUUACAUGUGGUCCAAAGUGAAUUUUCUCUGAUAGACAUACACUGAUACACUAAAACUUGCCUUUUGUAAGAAACGUGAUUGAUGAGCAAACGGCGAAUGUAUUUCUUGUGCAAUUUGUAUUGAGGUAUAAUAAUUACAGGCGGAUUGGUGCCAGAUGCAGAAGAAGAAUUUGUGAUGAUUGACAGAAACAAAAAUAUGUUUAAAAGUGUCCUGUAGCUUAAAUUAUGUGUCUGUCUUGUGACACAAGAUGUGCAUUUUAUUGUUGUAUUAGUUUUCUUUCAAUUUUAAUUUACUGUCUGUACUGCAGGUUGGUUUACAUUAAGCUUGUAAGGAGGCCCAAAGUAGUUAAAAUGAACUAAAUACAUCAUCUGAACAAAUAGAGACUAUAUUAAAACAGGAUUUUGUCAAAGA